AAAACUCAAUGUUUGUUAUACUAUAUAUAUAUAUGUAUAAAUUUACACGUGAAUAAUAGAAAUUACUCCUUAUGGAUUUAGUAUUAAUAUAACUUGUUAGUAAACUGUUUUAUAUUAGUUCCAAAUGACUGAACAAGGAAUUUUACAUGCGUUUUCAUUAAUUGAUACUGACAAUGAUGGGAUAAUCACAAUUGAAGAUCUUGAAAGAUAUUCUAUGAAAAGUACAGUGGCAGAUGAUUUUGUACCAAAGUGGAAAAAGUUAUUUGAUGAGGACAAUACUGGUGAAAUAACAUUUAUUCAUUUUUGUGAUGUUCUUGGUAUCAGCAAAAAGAAAAGAGACGAAAUACUUAAAGAAAGAAACAUAGUAAUUCCAGAUUCAAUACCUAAACCAAUCGUCUACUCAAGCAACCUAAAUCCAGAGAUGCAGCAGAAAAUAUUGAGAAUUAUAAAAUAUGGAUGGAAUAAACAAAACGAUCAUUCCAAUUUAUAUGAAAUAACUGUACAAUGUGAUCGUGAGUUCGGUUCACGUUGGAAAGGACGUGUUAUCAACAAUACACAACCAAUAAAAGAAGCAGUUAAGGGAAAAUAUCUGGUGUUCAGUUGUGAUAAUGGAAAAACCAUAUGGUGCCUUUGGUUAGGAAAUGACGAAAAAGACAGAUCCGUAGGAUGUUGUUGCUGUUAAUUCGUUAUAAUUUUAAAAAUACUCCAUUCUUGUUCUAUUUAAUUAUCUUAAACUAUUGUUAUAAUGCAAUAUACUUUUGUAUUAACUUCAACUCUUACGUAAUAAAAUGUUGUAUUCACAGAUAAUAAUGUCAUUAUAGUAACAUCAUGAACCAAAACCAACCAUGUUAUAAAUCAUUUCCUUUUAGUUAAAAUAAAUUGUGUCAUUUUUUUUUUCAUUUUUAAAGAAAUUUUGUUGAUCAUAAUAAUGGACUAUUUUUAUUAAUUAAUCAAGGGCAGUUUAUAAAGUCAGUUGGCUGAUUAUCAAUAUAUACCAUGUUUAAGCUUACUCAAUACUUUCAUUAUAAAUUACAUCAAGAAUCUGAUUCGUUUGAAAAAAAGUAAACACAAAAUGACUUUAAUAUCACAUAGAAACAAUUUUCAUGUGAUUUUGUUUAUAAAAAGUUGAAAAUUUAACUUUUAACUCACUAACGAUAACAUAUUAGUUAUCAUGGGAUUAUUCUAAAAUAUUAUUGACACAUUAAUGUACUCAACAACUGGC